AUGAACAUCCUUGUCCUGUUGUUCUUCGUUUUCUUCUUACCCCUCGUCGCGCUUACAGUCUGGUUUGCUCUCUCCAGCUGCCUCGGUGACAAUGUUCGAGCUCGAAUAGGCGGAACCACCAUCAAUCNNCCUCGGCACGGUGCCUAUGGUAGGACCUACGCCCGUAACAUCCCCUAUCCUGGAGCCGCGGGCUCAGAAGCUAUUGAAAUGGAGGACAUGAUGCAACACGACAAGUGGGAACUCGACGAUGAGCCUUGA